AUGGUCAUCGCAGCCGCAGAGCAGCGACAGCCGGCGAAACAGUGCGCGAUGGCGAGACGGCGGCGGCAGCGCGUCGAGAGUGUGUCCGGUGCCGGACGCCGAGCCGCACAGCGACGCGCCGAGGCGAGCUGGCUGCCAGCAGAGAGCGUGCGUCGAGCCGAGCGCCCAGACGCCGCCGCUGACCAGCAGUGCCAGGCGCGAGGACGCGGUGUACUGGUGCUGAACAUCACGAAGAACAACAGAGAUUCGCCGGCGCUGGCCAACAACCUGCUACUAGCCAACGGUCUUUCGUGUCCACCCAGUAUGAUUGGAGAACCACCACCACCACCAGCACAAUCAGCACCUGGUCCUGAUUGGAUCGUGUGUGUGAAGAACUGA